UUUGAGUUGUWGUGUAGCWUCACUUUCAACGCGGCYUAUAUCGGGUGUUAGGUGUCUGUUAAAAAGAACCUCAAUCAAAAAUGRAUCUCGAUGACGUACAAUURCAUAAUCGAAAGACCAARAAACAACGAAGAUGUCRCUGCAUUGUUGCAAUCCUUGUUCUGGUGGUUUUAUUUGUCAUUGGUAUUGUUAUUGGAUACUUCAUCGGCAAGACGCACAAGUCAGACUCGGAUGAAAAASAACACCAAGCAGCCAAUUCGGAAGCAAUGAGGAAAGAGAAUCAAAAACAACUGAGAGAUGCAAUGGAUGCCGAGGAAAUGGAACAAACGGCAAGGCUCUUUUCGAAGCGCCCUCACAUAGCAGGGAGCGAAAGGCAGAAAGAAUUAGCAGAGGAACUGGUUAAACGAUGGCGGCGUGAAUAUGGAUUCAACAAAGUUGACAUGAGAGAGUAUAAAGUCUUGUUGUCAUUUCCACAAAAGGAUAAACGUAACGUAGUUUCACUGAGAUAUCAAAAUGGAACARUAGCUUUUCAAACUACUGGAAAAGCGAAGAUUGCAGAGAAGAGUGAAAAUGACACAGAUGUGGUGCCGCCAUUUCUAGGCUAUUCCCCUAGUGGUACGGUCGAGGGUGACCUGGUGUACGUGAACUACGGUCGUUUAGAAGACUUUGAACUUCUAACCAAGAAACUCAAUGUGACGGUGGAUGGAAAGAUUGUCAUCGUAAGAUAUGGAAAGAUCUUUAGAGGAUCCAAGGUGAAAAACGCGGCGACGUAUGGAGCAGUCGGCGCCAUUAUCUACUCUGACCCACAAGCUCGUGCACCCUUGGGACCCGAAAACACAUUCCCUAAGACGCCUUUCCUUCCCCCUACUGGGGUGCAGAGRGGAUCUAUCUAUACCCGACAUGGAUUGGGCGAUCCUCUAACCCCAGGACGUCCUGCUAUACCCGGUGUAUACCGGAUACCAAUCAACGAUAGUGAGCUGCCAAGUAUMCCUGCACAUCCGAUGUCGUAUGGAGAUGCGGUUCAUUUUCUAUCGAAGCUUCAAGGUGACGUAGUGCCAGAUGAUUGGAAAGGCGAUCUCAACAUCACCUAUCGACUCGGCCCAGGCUUUUCUCAAGGGAUGAAAAUAAGAUUAGAAAUUCACAACAAUUACACCGUAUCCUCCAUUUAUAACGUCAUCGGCACCAUAUAUGGCAAAGAGGAACCUGACCGCUAUGUCAUGAUGGGAAAUCAUAGAGACGCGUGGAUAUUUGGCGGAGUUGAUGCUGUCAGUGGAACCACGGCCACCACAGAAGUCGCGCGCGGACUGGGUGUACUAUUGAAAAAGGGUUGGCGUCCUCGAAGAUCCGUUAUCAUGUGUAGCUGGGGAGCGGAGGAGUACGCUUUGAUUGGCUCUGUAGAGUAUGUCGAGGAGCACGCAAAGGAUCUCGCCCUUAAAGCCAUCACCUAUAUCAACAUAGAUAGCUCUGUUUCAGGAAACUGGGUCAUGCGCAUUUCCGGAAGCCCAUUAUUUAAAGAYAUCGUGACGUCAGUGGAGAAAACCGUUGCUGACCCUAAUGCGCAUGACGAUAAGCAAACACUCUAUGACAUAAUGGCGGAGAGAAAUCCAACGCCAGAUAACAAGGCCAAAUAUGGUGAUAUUGGAUCUGGAAGUGACUUUGCUCAUUUCUACCACUACGUUGGAGUCCCAGUGAUGGACUUUGGAUACUUUUUCGGAUUUAAUAAUGCAACGACGUUUGGAUACCCGGUCUACCAUACCCAACACGAUACUYACUAUUGGAUGACAAAAUUYAUCGACCCUAAAUUUCUCUUCCAUAAAGCGAUAGCACAGUUUGGUGGRACUGUGUUGCUUGAAGUAGCAGACGCUCCCCUCUUGCCUCUAAAUCUCGUGGAAUAUACAACCAAGUUGAACAGCUCUUGGUAUUCUCUGAAAGACAACCAAGACCUCAAGAAACAGAAGAUUUCCCUUGAACACCUUGAGGAAGCGAUAAAUGGCUUCAUGAAAGCAGCUAACGAAUUUGGUAAGAGGCUAAAUGAAGCCAGGAAGAAAGUGGACGAGAUGAGUUAUGCUGAGUUAAGGCGAAUGAAUGACCAAAUUAUCCAGGUAGAGAAGUCCUUCAUCUACUCUGAUGGUCUUUACGGCAGAAAACUCGUCAAACAUGUGAUUUUUGCGCCGGAAAUGCACAAUGCCUACGCGGCGUCGAGUCUUCCCGGCAUCAACGACGCUAUCUUUGAUGCUCGAAAUAACGGAAAAUGGUUYGARGUGGAAAAACAAAUCUCGAUUGUUAUCGAAUGUCUUCAUGCUGCUACGGAGGCCAUACARCCCUUUGGAAAUUAAUCCAACCUUUURGUUACACAGUUUGAGCGAUAUGCUGUCAACCUUAAACAAGGGAGCAAGGCAAAAUGUGUUUUCCUUCUGUUUUCGAAUUUCUUCGACAAACGUCUGCCAUCUUGAAUUUUCCGCCAUUUUUUUUUUCUUUAAAGAUUAACAUACAUUUAUCAGAAAUGAAACAACAUUUUAAAAAACAGGUUAGCUGCUAAUCUUAAAAGAAAACAAAAUGGCGAAAAAUGCAAGAUGGCAGACGUUCAUCGAAGAAACUCGAAAACAGAAGGAAAAACUUAUUUUGCCCCGCUCCCUUGCCAAAUAGCGAAAAAAGUUACUAAAGAAAAAGUGGCGUUUUCUAGUUUUCCAAGUGAUUUUAUUGAAUGCCUACAACCUCUGUUUACAUCCAAUCCAUAAAUAACAAAUACACUUUGUGCUAAUUUUCAAAUUUUAGUAUUCACAACGUCAUUAGAAGAAAAAGCCCAUUCCACACUAACUCCUUUUAUAAAUAUUUACGUAAUGRCGUCAUAGGUUUAGUUAUGACGUCACUGGUGUAAGUUAAAUAUAUAUUUUGUUUCAAUUUUGUUUAAUAAGUUAAAUAUUUCUUCUGCUCGUAUGUACAAAACACUUCUUAGCCCAACCACUAUCCCCCUUAAAUUCAGCCAUAGCUAAAKGAAAUGUACAGAGACGCCAUUUUGUUCAACAUAGCAUGAUGGGAGUUGUGGUCAUCGCCCUUUUUCAUGUCCGCUAAAACAGACCUCCUUAGUCAUUUUUCGCCAGUCUUGGCUAAAAGUAAAAGUGUUAUUUGUGCUGUUUCUGCAAAAACAUAAAACAGCUUUAUAGGGAGAUUUUUAGGARCUGUAAAAAAUGCAAGGAAUGCAAUUCCAAUCCGUGCUUUAUUCUACAAAAUGGCGUCGCUACACAUUGCUAAUUAUUUCUGAACGCUUUGCGCGCGAGCCUUGCCUUUUUUCUUUACAAAAUUACCUAUAAAACCUAUUCUGUCACUCCAAUCUCGCCAAUAUUUUCCCGUGAUUGGARGAUGUUUAACUUCCUUGCACUCUCAAACUGUUUAAAGCAUUAAAUAAUAGUUUUUAGUUUUAAACUUAAAUCCGUGAAACCYUUAUCGCAAUAUUUUUAUUAUAAAUGAAUUGCAUGAGUGAAACCAGAUCAGUCUUUGUMAAGUGGACCUGCCAUGAGAGUAUAAAAAUAACGUUUAACAGCAACAAUACUCAAAUAAUGAAGGGUUUGGUGUUAAAAUUAGUUUUAGUAAUAUAUAAUCUUUACAAAUU